CUAGCUGGUCACUUCAAAUUGAAGUUGAAUAUUAAUGAUGCCCAAUGCAUAUGAACUAAUAUGGCUGCCACAAAGCGCGUUAAAAAACAUCACUUCUGGUUCUUUUUUUUCCGACAGAUGGCUUACGUGACUGAGCUCAGACUCGGUGGGGCUCGGGGUUCCUGGAUCGGAGCCACGCCCUCAUCCUGCCCGGAGGUGGAUCUGGAGGUCAUCGAGGAGUAUCUUCAGGAGCAUUCCCUGGAGGUCCAGCCUUCCUGCACGCAUGCUUCGCCUCCGAGCAAUGCGGCGCAGUACGUGCAUUCUCACCACGGCGCCAGGAUCAUCGAGAAUAACUGGUCAGGCCAGCAUGCCUAUGAGUGGCACUGCGGUGCUCCCAAUAAGGAAUACGAGGAGCAAGCACCACCUCCGGCCUGGCCCUGUCCGCAUCAGAACCAAUGGGAUCACGUGGCAUAUUCCGAUAAGCCGAUCGUUUGUAUGGAUUCGGACUCUCAGUCCAGUUGCUCCCAGUACCACGAAUAUCACGACGCGCCUUCUCCCACUUCCGAUAGCGGAGGCGGAUCCAACAAAGACCCUUUACGUCUUGCUCCACUUUCAGGAAGGAGGAAGGAGCGCUUGUUCCAGUUCCUGUUUGAGAUGCUGCAAACGCCGGCAAUGCGAAGCUGCAUCUGGUGGGUCCAGUCCUCUUCGGGUACAUUUCAGUUCUCUUCCCAAAAUAAAGAGAGGCUGGCAGAGAUAUGGGGCCGCCGAAAAGGGAACCGCAAGACAAUGACGUACCAGAAAAUGGCACGGGCCUUGAGGAAUUACGCCCGCACGGGCGAGAUCCAAAAGGUCAAGCGGAAACUCACGUAUCGCUUCGAUGAGAAGACGCUGAGAGGCCUCCAAGGAGAUGCCGAUAUGGUGUGAAGGGAAAAGUCGACAAGAUAGAAAUACUGAGUAUUUGAGAGGCAGAGAAAAGGAAAACAUAAUCUGAUAGAUUGUUGCAAGAUAUCUACUUUAUAAGUAGGACCUCUUAAUCACCUAAUACACAUUUUGGUUGUUGUGGUUGUGUAAUACAAAUCUUUUAUUUGUGCGUGUUGUCUUUUUAUGAUAAUAAAUAUUUUUGGAAUUG